AUGUUGGCAACGGCUGGAUUUUUACCCUUUGGCACACUCACAUCUAAUUUGAUUGAAGUUACAGAAUCAACAUCAAGAAUCUGGGAUGAUGGUCCGGUAGCGGUGUUAAUUAUGAAGAUGUUGUUUGGUGAACUGGUGAAAUUUGAAAAGGAGCCAGUUGAUAAAUUUACUUGGUUGGAAAAUACUGCGAUCGAAAUGGGAUUCAUUGGUGGUGAGAUUGAACUGGGUUAUCUUCAGGGAGCUGACAGAGAAUUCGGGGCGUUGGGGUUCGUAGAGGACGUAGAAGCCGGCGCAGCAAAUGGAGAUGAGGAUGGAAGCCGUCGUAGUGAUAAAUUUUUUAUCACUGCCACCACAAAUGCCACGCCAUCUUGA